GGAAACAGUUUGAUUCAACAAAGCGUUUCAGCAUUCACACAGUAUUUUCAGCAAGUACUGCAUUUUUUAAAUACCAAAAGAACACAAAAGUCAUGAAAGAUGCCGCUCUUUGGGAACAAAUUCAAGCUAUUUAAGUCUCAUCCUCCUCCUGGACUUGUGUCCAAACAUCUUACGAGGAGUAGUCUAAAGCUGAGGUCUCAGCAGAACUUCAACUCUGUUCCACCAUAUCCUAAACCCAAAACCACCUCCACUGAGGCCACUGGGCUGGAAAUUGUGGAUAUCCUGGAUGACAUCUCUCCACUCAGGGAAUUUUUGCAGCAACAGCAAAACGUCUCUAGUUCAACUGUUUCAAGACUAGAUGUUGUGCGCCUCCAGGAACUCCUGGACACACAGCUGCAGCAGAGGCAGGCCAAGGAAACAGGCAUCUGCCCUAUCCGCAGGGAGAUCUAUUCCAAGUGCUUUGAUGAGCUCAUUCAACAGGUGGCCAUCGACUGUGAUGAGAGGGGUCUGCUGCUGUCGCGCGUCAAACAUGAGAUUGAAAUUUCCCUUUGUGCCUAUAAGACACUGUAUGAAAGUGGUGUGGCUUCUGGCAUGAGGAAGUUCCUGCAGGCUGGGAAUGGCAAGGCAGACAUGGAGAAAAGGAUUUCUGAUCUGGAGAAUGAGAUACACGACCUGAGGAAGGAAUUGGACCAAGAGAAAGCAAGAUCUGAUGCGACUGAAAUAAGCUCAAUCGACAAGCAGAAGGUGGAGAAUGAGAGGCUCACAGAGGAGCUAGAGUUCCUUAAGACAAGCAAUGAGCAACUUGAGUUCCAGCUGCAAGAGAUCAACAAACUGAAGAAAUUACAAGAUAACUAAAGCAUGUAGUUAUGCAUAGACUGCAGGGGGAACUCCCCUCAUGAACUGGGUUAGGGACUCUUUCAAUUCAAUUUUAUUUGUAUA